CAGGCUUUGUGAAUCCUGAACGUAUGGCGAUUGAUUAUUCAACGGGAAAUAUUUACUACACUGCGGUAGGGUCAACAUCGAGUCAGAGUUAUAUUGGUGUUAUUCAUAGAACUACCUUUCAGCAUAAGACAUUGUUGUCUGACCUUCACAGUCCAAGAGAAAUAGUGGUAUAUCCGUCAAAAGGUUUCUUGUUUUGGACGGAGUUUGGGAAUCUAACUGAAAUAGGAAGAGCAUAUAUGGACGGGUCAUCAAAAACAUAUAUUGCAACAACUGAUAUUGGAUGGCCUAAUGGUCUUGCAAUUGAUUUUAUAUCCGACAGAAUUUACUGGACAGAUGGACAGAAAAACCGCAUUGAAUUCUCAGAUUUAAAUGGAGGAAACAGACGUGUUUUGACAACUGACAAUGAUGCACAUUUGAUGAGCAUUGUGGUUCACGGACAGUAUCUCUAUUAUACCGCGUGGAAUCGGCAACGGAUAACAAAGAUGCACAAAACAACAGGAUCAAAAGUCACCUUUAUGUCAAACAACCCUGAGCUUGGUCGACUUGACAGUCUUGCUAUAUACGCAGACGAUGUAGUUGAUGUGAGUUUAAGUUGUUCCCAGAAAAACGGCGGCUGUAGUACGUUCUGCUUUCCCAAACCAACAGGAAGAACAUGUGGAUGUCAGGACAAUGUUGAUUUACAAUCAGACCAAACAAUAUGUCAAGGAGAAAUAUUGUGUCCAUCACCUGUUGGAAAUGUUAUGCUGUCAUCAAUUUGCACGCGAAGAGUGGGUGACUCGUGCACAUUCAAAUGUGCUGAAGGCUACAUCUCGACGAUUUCACAGAACUUGCUUUGUACAAAUGAUGGUACCUGGAACUAUGACACCAAAAACUUAUGUAUACCCAGCCCAUCCACGAGUGAGGAUAAAACAAUUGCGUACAUUGGAAUGUCAGCAGGUAUUAUCCUUGCCAUUAUAAUAAUUGCGGCUGUUUGCUUCACGUACCGCAGAAAACCACAUGUUGUUGGACAAGAAUACCAGAGUGCUCCUGCAGCUCGUAAUAAUAUCUAUGCAACGUUCAAAAAUGGUGGAUAUAUGACUGAUAGCAGUGAUUUACCAGAGAGAUCCGUUUCUGAUGUGUACUGCUCAAUUGACGACACCUUCGCUACUGAAUACGAAGAACCGCUUAAAGAUACCUACCUGAACCCUCUCACAUACUGA